AUGGCAGAUCCUUUGGGAUGUCUUCGAGCUGCCACAAUUUCAAUCGCAAUUUGGAAUAUUAUUUAUUGUUUUAUUCAAUUUGGUCUGUUGGGUUGGCAAUUUCAAGUUGUUAAAGAUAUUCUGGCGGAAUAUGAGAAUCGACAAUUACCAGCGACUGGAGCUAUUGAUGGAUUUCAAGCUAGAUUUCCUGGAUUAUAUCAGAUUUAUACAGAAACACCGGAAAGGAGGAGAGCUAAUGGUAAAUUUUUGUCGAGGGAAAACACCGACUUAAAACUUUCAAACUUUGCCUCGUGGUCAGAGCCACAGUAGAUUAUAUGAGAUCUACAGUAAUCCAAUUCUCUUUUAAUUUUUGUAGAUCAAAGGAGGAUCAUUUUGUUUUCAACUCUUUUAGAGUACCGUACAUAACUAACAGCUUAUUUGAUUUUCAUCCAAUUCAGUUCCAAAUAAAAAUUGUAGAAUUGAUCCAAGCCUAUCAUUUUAAUUUUAAUCAAACUCUGAAAUGUUUCCUGCAAUUAAAAGAAAAAUCCUUAAUUCCAACUUUUUCCAGCAAUGUACGUAAUAAUAAUAGUGGCAAUAAUUCUUGCAAUCGGAAAUCUUCUAACAUCAGUAACUCUACUCUACGCUGCUAUAAAAUAUUUAAAAGUUCUAAUUUGGCCAUGGUUUGCCACUUCAAUUCCACUUUGUAUUAUGACAACUGUUUAUGCUGUAUUAUGGUGGAGUGGAGAUGUAUUUAAUGAACAAUUGAGUUUUUCGAUUUUUGAGUUUGUUAUGUCUGUUGCUGUUAAUGUAAGUUUGGAGAGAAACGGUGGAGGGGGGAGUUUAUUGAGAAAAUGUUACUCGCGGUUUAAAAAUAUUCACAAAAAAUUUUAGUGUUAAACUUUUUAAUAUUUUUUUCGAGAUCAUAACAUUUUGAAAAGGCAAUUCUAAUUUCAAGUUUUUCAAAUAUAAUAUUUUUGCAGAGCAUCACAAUAAUCGUAGUCAUCGUAUUUUUCUCUCGUUUAAACGGAAGUCUUCUCUCAACUCGUCCAAAACAUUCUCGACGUCGAAAACGAAAACAUGUGCAACGUGUCUAUUUGGAUCCCAAUCAUUAUAAUCCACGUCAUAACACAUCACAUGCGGCUCCAUAUCUCGAAAUCGAUACAGGCGAAUUAUUCUCGCCAAAGCCACGUGGCGACGGUCCGCCACCUUCGAAUUUGCCAGAUUGGAGAAGAGAAUGGCCAAGUUUGCCAGAUGUUGAAUUGCAGAAAAAAAUGAAGAGAAGAAGGAAAGAGGAGAGACGCAGAGAUGGUUAUGACGUGGCAUUUGGAGCUGGAGGAGCACAAGGAGUACAAGGAAAUACGUGAGUUGUUUGAUAGUUGGGUUACACUUGUGAAAUUUAUUUUUUGUUCAGAAUAGACUUCUAUGCGCCUGAAGCUGGCGAUGCACAAUUUCCAUGGAAAAUGAAAACUUUAGAAGAAAAUUAUCACGAAAGACGAAAAACACAAGCGAAUAAAAUCAAAACAUUGUAUUAUCAACAUUGGCCAGAAGAUUUGCCGAAUAUGCCAAUUGAAAUGAGAAGAAGAAUGCAAGAAGAACGAGAAAAUGAUGAAAUACAACGAAAUAAAUCGAGAUUGAAGUAUUUUGAAGAUGUUUAA